CUCCCUUCCAAACUUGGAAUAGUUCACUAGUUCUUUGUUCUCAUUCUUUCUAGUUUCUUUCUCAUCAACCAAUAACCCAUUUUGGUUCAACCUCUGAUCAACUAAUUAUGGCUAAUAGAAGACCAUACUAUGGCCUUCUUAUGCUCAUUGUGUUGGCCAUUUGUUUUGUGCCAUCUUUUGGAGACACGCAUGCUCAAAUUUUGAUGAGGUUCAGGAGUUCCUUGUCCAAUGACAGUGCCUUAAGAAACUGGGGGAACGAGUCAAAUUUAUGCGGUUGGAAGGGUUUGUUAUGCCGCAAUGGCCAAACAUUUUAUGGCUUGAGACUAGAGAAUAUGGGGCUAGGGGGGAAGGUUGAUGUAGAAGCCUUGCGCGAGUUGUCAAAUUUGACAAGUUUCAGUGUCAUUAACAAUGCAUUUGAGGGUCCAAUGCCUGAGUUCAAAAAGCUUGUGAGGUUAAGGGCAUUGUUUCUGUCCAAUAACAACUUCUCUGGUGAAAUUCCGGAUGAUGCUUUUGAGGGCAUGAGAAGGUUGAAAAGGGUAUUCUUGGCAGAAAAUGGCUUCACGGGUUCUAUUCCUAAGUCACUUGCUAACUUGCCUAGACUUUGGGAUUUGGACAUACAUGGGAAUGGUUUUGAAGGCAACAUACCAGAAUUUCAUCAGAAGGGCUUCAGAGUGUUAAAUAUGUCGCAUAACCAAUUGAAGGGUCAAAUACCAGAAAGUCUACGCGACAAGGAUCGAAGUUCAUUUGCUGGCAACAAACUCCUAUGUGGAAAACCUAUGAUACCCUGCUUCAAUUAUAGCAUCCCCCCCCACCCCAAAGUCUCUAAAUCACUGACUCCCGACCCUUAUUCUCCACCUCAUGAAAAGGGAAAGAACAACCACAUCCUUAUAAUUGUCCUUGUAGUUGUAGCAGUGGUUGUCUUUGCUUCAAUAGUAGCACUUCUAUUCAUCCAUAACCACAGGAAAAAAAGGUUGCAACCCUUAACACCAGGCAGGAAGGCAAAUUCCCAGAGCAGUGCAGGCUUCAAGGAGUCACAAUCCAUUGAUCUGACAAGUGAUUUCAAGAAGGGUGGUGAUGGAGAAUUGAACUUUGUUAGGGAAGACAGAGGGGGGUUUAGUUUGCAGGACCUUCUUAGAGCCUCAGCUGUGGUUCUUGGUAGUGGCAGUUUUGGUUCCACCUACAAGGCCAUGAUUUUGAAUGGACCUCAUGUGAUUGUGAAGAGGUUUAGGAACAUGAACAACGUUGGGAAACAAGAGUUCAUCGAGCACAUGCAAAGGCUUGGAAGUUUGACACACCCUAAUCUUCUCCCUCUUGCUGCAUUCUACUACAGAAAAGAAGAUAAGUUUUUGGUUUAUGACUUCGGUGAAAAUGGCAGCUUGGCCAGUCAUCUACAUGGUAGGAAUAGCUCAGAACUAACCUGGUCAACCCGUUUGAAGAUCAUAAAAGGAGUGGCAAGGGGCUUGGCCUACCUCUAUGAGAACUUCCCAGGACAAAGCCUACCACAUGGUCAUCUAAAGUCCUCCAAUGUGGUGCUGGACCAUUCCUUUGAGCCACAGUUGACAGAGUAUGGCCUUGUGCCAGUGAUGAACAGGAGUCAUGCUCAGCAGUUCAUGGUAGCCUACAAGGCCCCAGAGGUGAGCCAACAUGGGAGGCCAAAUGAGAAGAGUGAUGUGUGGUGUCUUGGGAUCCUCAUUCUGGAGCUUCUCACUGGGAAGUUUCCAGCAAACUACCUGAGGCAUGGGAAGGGGGGGAACAAAGCUGACCUGGCAACAUGGGUGGACUCAGUGGUGAGGGAAGAGUGGAGUUGUGAGGUGUUUGAUAAUGACAUCAAGGGAACUAGGAAUGGGGAGGGUGAGAUGUUGAAGCUGCUCAAAAUUGGGAUGUUUUGCUGUGAGUGGAGUGUGGAGAAUAGGUGGGAUUGGAGGGAGGCUGUGGCCAAGAUUGAGGAGUUGAAGGAGAGGGAUAGUGCUGAUGAUGAGUACUCUUCUUAUGUGACUGAAGAUGACUUCUCUUUCUCUGUCACUAAUUGAUGAGUUUCAAGCUAUAACAACUCAAUUGAGGACUUGCAUUUUCAAGUUUCAAAAUUGCAGUUGAGCUUGUGGUUAACUGAUUCUGUUACAGCUGUGGUUGCUGUUGAUGUGGUCAAGGUGG